AUGAUUAGGAAGUUUGAGUACCAUAUAGUAUCACAUAUUUUAUUUGGUCUUCAUGUGAAAUUAUUUAUGAAUAAAAUAUUUUCUAAAAAAUGGAUUUGGGAUUUUUUUCAUUUCUAUUUUUGUAUGGUUAUAAUUUAUUUAACAAUACUAAUUAUAUAUGCAACUAGAGUUCAUUAUAAUUUAAAAAAAUUGGAUUUGAAAUAUUUCCCAGUAGAGAGUAUUUCAUCAUGUAAAAAUUAUGUAAAUAGAAAGAAUAUCCAUCCAUUUGCAGCUUUUGAACGUAAUGACCUAAUUCAUAUGAAAUAUAUAAACCUACUUUAUGGAGUUAUUUUUGUGGCAACAUGGAAACUAUUAGCAGCAUUCAUUUUGUCUGUAACUAAUUUAUCCUUUUGUGGUACAUAA